CAAAACAAAGAGGUGCUCGGCUCCCAACUUUCUCACGAACAAGUGAAAGGCCUCACGGACGAUGAGGCGGAGAAAUUUUACAAAAGAUAUGAGGCCUACAUUGGCAGCAAGACCACCGAAACGCUGCUUCAGAGGAUUUUUAUGCUUGCCAGCAAGGUUAUCGGUAUGGUCGUCAAAGUGGAUGACGUGGAAGCUCUGCAAAAGGACUUGCAAAAGGACUUCGUUAUUACCUCGACGUUUUCGUCUGUGGCUGGAAAUAUGGCACUGCGCUCCGGCCGCCUGCUGGCGUUUGGCAAUGCUGCUCUGAUCACAGCCAAGCACAUCAAUUUUGAGAAGGAACCUGCAAAGGAACCUGUCCAAGAAGCUGACUAAGAGCUUGUGAAAAUUUUCACCUUAUUAUAUACAACAUAGCUGAGAAAUGGCAGGCACAUGCGGUACCUGCCGAUGCAGAGGAGGUGUUAUCAAAAGUUCCUACGACAAAACCUGCAGACCCUGGGCGAGUUGCAGCUGGAAAAAAAGUUAGCCGAACGAAAUGGCUUAGGAUGUGAGGCAAAAAAGAACCAAAAACCGCCAGAUGCCCCUGCUGAAGAAAAAGAGAAGUCAGAGAACCCAAGCGGCGGAGUCAACAGUUAUUUGCUUCUUGGAAUUGGAGGUCUGGUUGUCUCCGUUGUGGGUGUUUAUUAUGAACGAGAGGCGAUUAUGACCACCCUCCGG